CAUAUGUGAAAAAAGGCUUGAUGGGCAUCACUCCGCUCCCCCUUUUCAUCCUCCUAUUAUUGAUUUGCUUCUGCAAAUCCGAUGACCGCCUAACACCCACAAAGCCACUCUUGCCCGGCGACAAGCUCGUCUCCAACAAUGGCAUCUUUGCUCUUGGUUUCUUCUCCCCAGAAAACUCCGCAAACUCAUAUGUAGGCAUAUGGUACCACGGCAUCCCGGAGCGGGCAUAUGUGUGGGUGGCCAACCGCGACAACCCAAUCGGCAGCGGUUUGUCCGGGAAUUUGGUUCUCACCAACAGCUCUGACCUUGUCUUGUCUGAUUCCAAGGGCAGUAUCCUUUGGAGGACGACGAUCAACGUCACCGCCGGGGGUGAUGGGGCUGUGGCGCUUCUGCUUGAGGCGGGGAACUUUGUGGUCCAGUUGCAGAAUUUCACGCAGAUAUGGCAGAGCUAUGAUCACCCGACUGACACCAUACUCCCCGGCUUCAAGUUAUGGGCGAACUACAAGACCCAUACAGCAGUGCGCAUCAUUGCUUGGAAUGGUUCUCAAGACCCAUCCACCGGGAAAUUCGUCCUCAGUCGUGACCCCAGCACGGGCCUCCAGAUCCUCACCUGGCGCGGGACAAGGAAGUAUUGGCGCAGCGGAAUGUGGAACGGUGCGGAAGCCUCGGACGAGAACGGAUACAUGUUGUCCGAGAACGUCGAUGAUGGAAAAAUGAUCUACUCGACGUUCAACACUGGCAACAGCUCCUCCCGUAGAACGCACUGGAAGCUGGACUACACGGGCGACUUGCUGCUCAGGACCUGGAGUGGCCAGUCAUGGGUGGUUCUGUUCAAGCGCCCAGAUGAUGGCUGCCGUCACUACGGCUCUUGUGGUCCGUUUGGUUACUGUGACAUGCCCACCGGGGAGUGCAGGUGCCUUGAUGGGUUUGAGCCUGCGGACAGCUUCAGCGCCAACUUCUCCAGAGGAUGCGUGAGAAAGGAGGCGCUGACAUGUCGUGACUACCAUUUCUUGGCCUUGCCUGGGAUGAAGGUGCCUGAUGAAUUUGUGUAUGUGAGGAGCAGAAGCUUCGAGGAGUGCACUGCUGAGUGUGAGCGUAACUGCUCCUGCACCGCGUACGCUUAUGCCAACUUGAGCAGUAUUGUCGCAACCGGUGGCCCAUCAAGAUGCUUGGUCUGGACAGGCGAGCUUGUUGACUUAGAGAAGACAGGCGAACUUGGUGGCAAUCUGUACCUUCGGCUUGCUGGUUCUCCUGGACACAACGGGAAGGGUGAUGUUGGUGUUGUAUUAAAGAUUGUGCUCCCAGUUAUAUCAUUCCUGCUGAUACUCUCGUGCAUAUAUCUUGUCUGCAUAUGCAAGCGAAGAGGGAAACAAGUAAACAAAGAAAACCUGAAAAGACCGACCCUGGAACACUUGAGCACUUCGCAAGAAGUUUGGGAUCAAAAUUUGGAAUUGCGUUCUAUUAGUUUUGAAGAAAUUGCUUCUGCAACAAACAGUUUCCAUGACAUGAACGUACUUGGAAAAGGAGGUUUCGGCAAAGUCUAUAAGGGAACAUUAGAAGAUGGAAAGGAAGUUGCUGUUAAAAGGCUUAGCAAGGGUUCUGAGCAGGGUAUAGAGCAUUUUAUAAAUGAAGUGGUUCUUAUUGCCAAAUUGCAGCACAAGAAUCUUGUUAGACUUCUUGGCUGUUGUAUUCAUGAGGAUGAGAAAUUGCUUAUUUAUGAAUACUUGCCCAACAAAAGCCUAGACAAUUUCCUUUUUGAUAACGAAAGGAAAUCCAUGCUUGACUGGCCAAGACGGUUCAACAUAAUCAAAGGAGUAGCUAGAGGACUUCUAUAUCUCCACCAAGAUUCGAGGACGACUAUAAUCCAUAGAGACCUCAAACCAAGCAACAUUCUCCUAGAUAUGGAGAUGAACCCGAAAAUAUCAGAUUUCGGAAUGGCAAGGAUCUUUGGAGGCAAUGAGCAACAGGAAAGUACCAGACGAGUUGUUGGGACUUACGGCUACAUGUCACCUGAGUAUGCGAUGGAGGGCAUUUUUUCCGUCAAGUCUGACACCUACAGCUUUGGUAUUUUGCUACUAGAGAUUGUAAGUGGAUUAAAGAUCAGCUCACCUCAUGAUCUUGUGAUGGACUUUUCAAACCUCAUAUCAUGUGCAUGGAACUUGUGGGCAGAUGGAAGAGUGAGGGAUUUCGUGGACGCAGCCGUCACGGAGAGCUAUUCGCUCGACGAAGUGUCCAAGUGCAUCCAUGUUGGGCUCUUGUGUGUCCAGGACAGCUCCAGUGCUAGGCCGCACAUGUCAUCGGUCGUGUCCAUGCUCGACAGUGAAGCCAUGCCUCGCACAGCACCAGAGCAACCUGUGUAUUUUGCACGGAUAAACUACGAAACCAGCGAAGCGAUGGAAGACACAGAGAACUCUGCCAAUGGUAUGAGCAUUACGGCGGUAGAAGGACGAUGACUCCCGUUAGCUGCUGCAUGUAUGUGACGGGAAGUAGGACAAUUGAGUUGUCUCAAUAAGGUGCUGCUUGAUAGACAAUGCUAUCUGAGGGACUGCCCACCAUAAGUAGAUUAUUGCACAUAUGUGGAGCGCUGCCAUCCACGUCAACGGGUACAACUAUCCCCCACCUUGACAUCACUUUGCUCAUCUAAACAUCACAUUAAUCUUUUUUAGUUUA